GCGGGGAGCAAAGUAAGAUCGAGCACUAAAAAUAAGCACUAAUAAUGGUUUGCACGUUCAAAUCACUGUUCUAGGAAUUUGCCCCCAAACUGAGGCGAGGCGUUAAGUCUUAAGUGAGGGUUGCACCAUCCUAAAUUUUAAACCGUAUGUCUUGUAUUUUAAGUUAACAUAUUCAAAUGAAAAAAAAUAAAAAAAGAAGUUGUGGUUAUUUUUAUAUGGCAGAUAAUUGCCCUCAUCGAUCAGGACUUUUUCCCAACCACAAAAAAACCCCAAACCCUCAUUCAGAUCUCGGCAGAGUUCACUUGGGUGCGGGGCAAACCAACUCCAGUCUCAUGAAGCAAACACGUGUUCCACGCAUAUAAGGCCGUCAUAAAAGCCUGUGCUCCACCUAGCUGGGAGGGACUGUAAAUCAGUUUCUGAGAGUGUCGAAAGACAUCUGAGGUUUUGGGGGGGGUGUUUCCACCUACUUGUCCCAGCUUAGAGCAGUACCGGAGAGCUUGCCUGUGAAACUGUUCUUGCUGGCAUUGGCCCUGUUGCGGUACGGAGCGCAGCGUUAUUUCUCCUGAGCUUCCACCAUGGUGCUGUUCGCUGUUUGGAGAAACAGGGGGAAGGAACGUUGUGCAAGCGUUCUGCCACGCAGGAGUGUUGUGGUCUGACCAAAGACUGAAGUUAAGCAGCUUUCGACUCUUCUAGGUUUAUUUGCUUGUGGUCUUGAGCAAGUUGCUUUUAUUGGGAGUAAGUCAUGAUAAAUGUAGGUCUCCCUAUGCUUUUUAUGACGGAGUUAACUUCGUUUCCGUGUCUUUUGUUGAAUGGUAUUUUAGAUGUAGGGAGGAAAAUGCUGCAAAUACAUUUGGACAGUUAAUAUGAAACACCAGAAAAGGAAUUACGAACGGGGUAUUCCAGUGGGGUUUUUAGUGUUUGUUUUUCUGGUGUUUUAGCUCUUUGUCAUGGUGUACAAGAAAGGCAGAGCAUAAAGCCAGUACAGACGUGUGCUUUUAGACAAUGCAUAGUUCUAUAGGGAACUAGAUAAUCAUCUUUUUGUGGUAACUAUUGUGCCAUACCUGGAGAAAUCCUUCCAAUAGUCAAAGCAGUUGCUCAUUUUUACGUAUGACUGUUUGUUUUAUUUUAGGGUAUGCUAUGACUGGCUUCAGACUCCCCAUCACUACUUUUAGAAAAUUAAAUGUCUGGUUUGGACUGUGGGAAAAAUUCCCCUCUAAUAAACUGUAUCUCUCUUGGAGGAGAAGCGUAUUCUGUAGCUGUCAAGCAAGCACAGUAAACUACAGAAGAUGUUUCAGCUUUUCCCCAGUAAAACUCUCUGCACUAAGACUUUCUCCAGAGUAUGUCUCAGUACUUUCUCUGCGGAACAAAAGUAACAAAAGCUCUAAAAGGAGCAGACAAACCGUGCAAGAAGAAGAGGAGGAAGAGGACGAAGAUGAAGAGGAAAGCGAUUUGGAAGAUGAAUUUGAAAACGACCCCAACGUAGUAAAAGAUUACAAGGAUCUUGAAAAAGUCGUACAGUCUCUUCGGUACGAUGUGAUCAUGAAAGCUGGUCUAGACAUUGCAAGAAAUAAAGUAGAAGAUGCAUUCUACAAUAAUGAACUCAGGCUGAAUGGAGAAAAACUAUGGAAGAAAAGUAGAACUGUGAAAGUUGGGGACACACUGGAUCUCAUAGUAGGUGAAGAUAAAGAAACAGGAACUGCUGUAGUUAUGCGGGUAGUCUUAAGAAAAGUAUCUGACAAAACUGAAAGUGAAAAAUACAAAGUAGUUUUGAGGCGUUGGAAAAACUUAAAAGUGCCCAAACAGGAUGUACUUAAGUAACAGGGGGUUGCAUGUGGCAGCGUAAGAUAUUUGCAGAAAACCAUAUUUGUUGUUAAAUACGAAUUUUGGUUAAACAAAAUUACAGUACCCUUUUUUAAGGGCUUGUGUCAGAAUGUUAUCUCCCUCUGCCGUGUACAUCAAUAUCCAUGCAAUAAACCUGUCGAUUAUAUAAAAUUGCUUCCUUAUUCCUUAUCAGUUUGAUCUUGGUUGA